AUGGCGCCACGCAAGAAGACGGAGGAGAAGGCGACAGCCAACGAAGCAUCGAAUAUGGUGUUAGAGUAUCUGCGCAAGCAAAACCGCCCAUACUCAGCUAUCGACGUCUCAGCAAAUCUGCACAACAAAGUCACGAAAGCUUCCGCAGCAAAGAUCCUGAGGGAUCUCCAUGAGCAGAGAGCGAUUGAGGGACGAGCCGCUGGCAAACAAAUCGUCUACCACGCCCUGCAGGCAAGUUCCAUCCUUAACGCAGUUGAAGCAUGUACGACUGAACAACUCGCCGCCCUCGAUGAAAGCAUCCUCGAUCUUCGCACACAAACCAGCACCCUCGUCAAUACAGCAAAGAACCUUCGCAGCUCACUGUCCCACCUAAACUCCACGCUCAGCACUGCAGACCUUAUCGCCAAUGUGCAUACGCUCGAGAUGGGGAGAGUGGAGAUCGAGACUAGACUUGAUGGGCUGAGGAAGGGAAAGGCGAAGAAGGUCACAGCAACCGAGCGAGAAGCGAUCGAGAAGGAGUGGAAGAGGAGUGCUCGUGUGGCGAAGGCGAGAGAGAAGAUCGCGAAUGAUCUAUGGGCAAUGAUCGAGGACAUGUUGCCUGAUCAACAAGCAAAGGAGGAGCAUCAGAAGAAGUUCGAUCUAGAUGGAUAA